AUGGAUGUGCGGAGACUGCGCGUCAGCGAGCUGAAGGAGGAGCUCGGCCGCCGCGGCCUCGACACCCGCGGGCUCAAGGCCGAGCUGGCCGGGCGGCUGCACGCCGCGCUAGACGCCGAGCAGGCCCGCCGGGGAGAUGGGCCUGAGAGGAGGCAUGGCAUCCGUGACAACACUCGCCAAGACAACCGGCAAGGAUAUCAGUCUUUUGAGCAUUUCAAUGUUAAACAGGAGAACGAAUUGGGUUACGAGCGGGGAGCUGUAAGCCAAGAUCGAUCAGGUUUAAAUGCAGAAAUGAAGACAGAAAUAAAACAGGAGGAGUCAGCUCCCAGCCACAGCAUAUCAGCCUCUGGUUACAACGCCUCGUCUUCCUCUUACAAUGAGCCCCCCUCUGCUUAUAACACCUCAGACUCCUAUCAGUCUUGGCAGCAGCAGCAGCAGCCACCCCCACAGCAAGGUCAUAAGAGGACAUUUGAUGAGUCCAGAGGGCGUGGAUAUUACGAAUAUCGCGAGAAUAAAAGGGGUCGAUCUCCUCAGCCGCCCGCAGAAGAAGACGAGGACGAUUUUGAUGACUCCCUGGUGGCCAUUGAUACAUAUAAUUGUGAUCUCCAUUUCAAAGUUGCCCGUGAUCGAUACAGUGGGUACCCUCUGACCAUCGAAGGAUUUGCUUUUCUCUGGUCAGGCGCACGAGCGACGUACGGCGUGCGGCGUGGGAGGGUGUGCUACGAGAUGAAGAUCAACGAAGAGAUCUCUGUCAAACACCUUCCUCCCACUGAACCGGAUCCUCACGUCGUGCGGAUUGGCUGGUCACUGGAUUCAUGUAGCACUCAGUUAGGGGAAGAGGCUUUCUCCUAUGGCUACGGAGGCACUGCAAAGAAAUCCAGUAAUUGCAAGUUCGAAAAUUACGGCGAAACCUUUACUGAGAAUGACGUCAUCACUUGUCUUGUGGACUUUGAGUGUGGCGACGACGUGGAAAUCUCCUUCAUGAAGAAUGGGAAAUGGCUCGGGGUGGCCUAUCAGCUACGGAAGGAGAAUUUGGGGGGCCAGGCCCUGUUCCCUCAUGUGCUGGCGAAGAACUGCGCCAUCGAAUUCAACUUUGGCCAAAGGGAAGACACUUUCUUUCCGGUCCCACCGGGAUUCACCUUCAUACAGCACCUCCCCCUGUCCGAGCGAGUCCGGGGCACCAUUGGACCAAAGAGCAAAAGGGAUUGUGAAAUCUUGAUGAUGGUGGGGUUGCCUGCCGCCGGGAAGACGACGUGGGCCAUUAAGCAUGCCGCAGCCAAUCCAGGCAAGAAGUAUAAUAUUUUGGGAACAAACGCCAUUAUGGACAAAAUGAGGGUAAUGGGACUCCGACGGCAGCGCAAUUACGCCGGCCGCUGGGACGUUCUCAUCCAGCAAGCGACACAGUGCCUGAACCGCCUAAUCCAGAUUGCAGCGCGGAAGAAGCGGAAUUACAUUCUGGAUCAGACAAAUGUUUAUGGAUCUGCCCAGAGACGAAAAAUGCGUCCUUUUGAAGGUUUUCAACGCAAAGCCAUCAUAAUUUGUCCCACGGACGAGGAUUUAAACGACCGGACAAUAAAACGCACGGACGAGGAGGGGAAGGAUGUGCCUGAUCACGCAGUGUUAGAAAUGAAAGCGAACUUUGCCCUGCCGGAAGCCGGCGAUUUCCUUGACUCGGUGGUUUACAUCGAGGAGCAGCAGGAGGAGGCAGAGAAGCUGGUGAGGCAGUACAACGACGAAGGGAAGAAAGCAGGCCCGCCCCCCGAAAAACGGUUUGACAGCUGGGGCGGCGGCGGAGGUGGCGGCGGUUUCCGUGGCCGAGGAGGCGGCGGCGGCGGAGGAGGAUUUCAGCGCUUUGACAAUCGAGGCCCGCCAGUGGGCAACCGGGGCGGCUUCCAGAACCGAGGAGGAGGAGGAGGUGGCGGCGGCGGUGGUGGCGGCGGCGGAGGAGGAGGCGGCUACAGAGGCAGCGGUGGAGGAGGAGGAGGAGGAGGAGGAGGAGGAGGAAUCGGGGUUGGCUUCAACCGAGGCGGCUACAACCAAAGCCGCUGGGGCAGCGGGAACCGAGACAACAACAACAACAACACCCGAGGCAGUUACAAUCAGAACAACCAACAGCAGAGCAGCUACAGCCCAGCGCGUGAGCAGAAUCCUUACAAGAGCAGUAGCUUGGCCCCUGCUCCUCCAGCCCUGAGCCCGGCCACCAACCCCCCUGCGGGGUCGUACAAUCAAGGACCACAGCAGAGCUACAACCAGCCCUACAGCCCCCCUUCCAGCUACAGCCAGGGGGCCUACACCGCUCCCAGCUACAACUAUGGAACGUACGGCAGUUACAGCCAAAGUUACACCCAGCCUCCGCCGCCUCCGCCAGCGCCUACCCCGCCAGCCUACAAUCAGCCCAACUACAAUCAGUACCAACAAUACACCCAGCAGUGGAAUCAGUACUAUCAGAACCAGAGCCAGUGGCCCCAAUACUACGGCAACUACGACUACGGGAGCUACACGGGCACCCCGCAGGGAGGCUCAAGCACACAGUGAUAGCUGGGGGGGGAGUUGUU